CAGCAGUUGGAUUUCCAUUUUGGGGGACGGAAAAUGCAAUGCAACACUUUUAAUGCUAAUUAUGCUUCUUCGCCCAUUGUUCAUCGCUAGCGCCCUGCCUAUCGAUACAUCCUCCACAACAACAGCUACUAUUCUCUCACUCAAACCCACCCGGAGUCGGAGUCGGAGUCGGAGUCGGCACCAUCAAAUCCGCCGCUCUUCGAAAUCCAUCAUUCCCAUGGCUUCUGUGCCAGCUGCUGCAGCAGCAGCAACUCAGCAAGCCGCCUUCGACUUUCUCACCAAGAAGCCUUACAUGCCGCCCUCCUGGGCAACCAAUCUUCACCCUCUUCCUUCUCACGUCUUUUCACUCGGUCAUUUUCCUACUCCAAUUCACAAGUGGAAUCUUCCUAACUUGCUUCCGGAUACCGAGGUUUAUAUCAAGCGUGAUGAUCUUUCAGGGAUGCAAUUAAGCGGAAACAAGGUCAGAAAGCUUGAAUUCUUGUUGGCAGAUGCAGUGGCCCAGGGUGCAGACUGUGUAGUUACCAUUGGUGGAAUACAAAGCAAUCAUUGCCGAGCUACUGCUGUGGCUGCCAAGUAUCUGAAUCUCGACUGUUAUCUUAUAUUACGAACUUCAAAGGUUCUAGUGGACAAGGAUCCUGGGCUGACUGGAAAUCUCCUGGUCGAACGAUUGGUUGGAGCACAUAUUGACAUUGUUUCGAAAGAGGAAUAUGCUAAAGUUGGGAGUGUGGCUUUAACCAACAUAUUGAAAGAAAAACUGCUGAGUGAAGGCAGAAAGCCAUAUGUCAUUCCUGUGGGUGGGUCAAAUUCCUUGGGAACCUGGGGCUACAUCGAAGCAAUUAGGGAGAUAAAAGAACAGCAUAAGGAAGGGGCUGGUGAAGUAUCAUUUGAUGACAUUGUUGUAGCGUGCGGAAGUGGUGGCACAAUCGCUGGUUUGUCUGUUGGAUCCUGGCUGAGUGAUUUAGGAUCUAAAGUACAUGCUUACUGCGUAUGCGAUGACCCUGAUUACUUCUACGAGUUCACACAAAACCUUCUGGAUGGACUUCAAGCUAAUGUUGACUCUCACAAUAUAGUUGAGAUUAAAAAUGCCAAAGGUCUUGGCUAUGCCAUGAACACAGCAGAGGAGCUAGCAUUUGUCCGAGAUAUUGCUGAAGCCACCGGUGUAAUUCUUGACCCUGUCUACAGUGGAAAAGCUGCCUAUGGGAUGAUGAGAGAUAUGGGAGAGAACCCAGGGAAGUGGAGAGGGAGGAAAGUGCUGUUCAUACACACGGGGGGACUCUUGGGGCUGUAUGACAAGGUGGAGCAGAUGUCGUCGUUGGUUGGGAAGUGGCGCCGGAUGGAGAUACAUGAGUCUGUGCCCAGGAAAGAAGGCACCGGCAAAAUGUUUUGAAGUCGGUCGGAAGGAAGGGAGGUUAGUUAGUAGUAAUAUAUACCACCGUAGUCAUCAUGUCCUGUCCCUCCAUUCUCAGAUAUCUGUCUCUCUGUCUCUCUCUCACACCACAUGAAUUAUUAAUGGGUGAAGGGUUCUUCCAUUCAGCCAUUUGUAAUAAACGAAUUAUUUUUCGCUAGUUAAUUACAGUGUUAAACCUUGCA